AUGGUGUGGGUCUACAGCAUCCUCACCGCAGCUCUGCCACUCUUUGGUUUUGGUAGUUACGUCUACAGCGAGACAAAGUUCCUCUGUGUUCCCAACUUCAAACCGUCCAGCAUUGCCUUCAACAUGCUCUUCAUGGUGGUGGGAAUCAUCAUUCCCAUUGUACUGAUGUGCUCCAUGUAUGGAUAUAUAGUGUAUAUAGCCAGGAACCAGGUGCGACGAGGGACGUUUGUUUGCAACGAAGACCAUUGUUUCUACGUGCCAGCCAGUAAUUACUUCAAAAGCUCCAUAGUAAUGGUGACUACCAUAGUGUGCCUGCUCAUUUGCUGGCUGCCAUACAUCGUUAUCUGCUUCUUUGAGACAUUGACGGAAAAAGAGAGCCCGCAGCCUGCCUCGGCUGUUGCCACAUCGCUUGUACUCUUCACUUCAGCUCUUAACCCAUGGAUCAACUCCAUGACUCAAACGAGGUACAGAGCAGCGCUGCGCAAAAGCCUGAAUAAAAUCCGGCAGAUGUUUGAGUAUCCUCGUAAAAACUCCCUCUCCCAGUGCACGAACAUACAGCCACGCCGCGAGAGCAACAGCUUCUCCUCGCCAGCUCCCAGUGUACCUCUGGCACUACAAACAAACAACGAACCCCAACAGGACCUCACGCUGGUUUGAGCGCGACCCUCACUGACCUUUGGUGGUUUGAAUAG